ACCACAUACACAAACAGAGAAGGUAGAAGGUUACAUACAACGGAAGAGAGAGACAGAGAGAGUUUGGAAGAGGAAGUGCUCGGUUCUUUUGAUCAGAAACCAUGGUGUCCUUGCAAGCAGCCCUCUCUUCAGAGGAAAAGGAAUACUCCAACCUGGAGAACCCGCUAUCGAUGAAAAGGAAGAGGGAAUACAGUGAAGAGAGCGACGACAACUUCUUCGCAAAGGAGUUCAAGUCGUCGAAAGCCGAGGACGUCGAUCUCCAUCUCGACUCUCCCUUGCCCUUGGAAUGGGAACGAUGCCUUGAUAUCAAGUCAGGCCAGAUUCACUUCUAUAACACCAGGACACACAGGAGGACCUAUAGAGAUCCUAGAGAGAGCACAGAGCCACCAGCUUCAUGUCCAAGCCUAGACCUCGAGCUCAACCUCACGUUUGAGCCCCCAAGAAGCCACAUCAGUGGAGAAGAGCGAAUCAAACAGGACUGCAAUUCCAGGGAUAAUUCCGGCAGCUUGUCGAGGUCCUUGACGUCCCUCGAAACAGAGCAGCAGGAGAUGGUGGCUGCGGUGUGCAUGCGGUGCCACAUGUUGGUCAUGAUGUCCAAGGCCACCCCAUCAUGCCCGAAUUGCAAGUUUGUGCACCCACCAAGUUAUAGUUCAUCGAGGUCGCUUAAGCCAGGGUUUAAGCUACUAUGCUGCAAGGAUUAAGGAUUAAGAUAGAGAAUUCAUGGCCUUUAUCUAAAUAGGAAAAAGGAAAGACAUGAAACUAGGAGCAUAAAGAAAUGUAAAGAGUGGGGGCUUCCUAGGGUGAUGUAAAUAUACAAAUAGAAAUGUGUUUGGUAGUGGUAAGCUUAGAUAUCAAGUAUUGUCUGUGUAAUAGAUUCACCUUCCACUUUUAGGUAACAGAUGGUUGAUGCUGAAAACAAUGUCUACUUAAGGUUUUUAUUCUGACAUAAAGGUGCAAAUUUGGUUGUUAUAAAUGCUUUUUUACUGGUA